GCAGCUUGAAGUCGCUGCCGCGGGUCCCGCGUCAGUUUCCGCGACGCGCCGUCUGUCCGCGACCACACCUUGUCAUCUCCAGCUAUUCGUCCUCCUGCUGAAGUAGAACCAGCAGAUGUCGUCUCCGAAGGUCAUUGUGCAGAUUGCCAUUGCAGGUGCCCAGAUUUUCGGCAAGGCAUUCGCGGCGGCGAGCAGACAGGCAAUAAAAAAUGCCAAAUACAGACCACAGGCUGCAAUAGGUGGUGACGCCGCCGGCGUCGGGAACGCUACGUCAGGGUCAAUAACAGACAAGCUGACGCGGGAACACCGAAUGACGUUGGACGAGGCGCAUUUGGUUCUGAAUGUGAACAAGGGGGAACCUAUGACGAGGGUACUGGAGCGUUACGAGCAUCUAUUCAAAGCGAACUCGCCUCCGCCGCCACCACCAAAACCUCAACCAGGCCAGAAAGCACCACAACCAUCUGCGUGGUCACACUAUAUCCAAUCAAAAGUUGUUCGGGCACGCGAGCGAAUAGAAGCCGAGACGAAGGCGGCGGAGACACCGUCAACACCAGAACCUCCACCGUCACAACCACCACCUGGCUCAGAGGGCAAGUCAAGUUAACCUGCUUUACUUGCGCACAUUCGCUAGAAACAAUGCAUGUCGACGCGGCUUUGACCAGCCAUCAUCUACCUUGAAC